AUUUAAAGGACCAAACCCAGUACUCAAUUCACAUAUCGUGAUGGGUAUGUUUUUACUCGUACGACCCUUUUCUCAGGCUCACUGCACCGCGUCCUCAAUAGUAAAGAGUAGGUAAAACUUAUCGCGUCGGUGGGAAUCCAAGGGCGAUCGAUCACCUUCCCUUCACUCCAAACUCGUAUAAAGCCCAUUGCAGAGCACCAACAUUUCGCAGUGUACUCGGGCUGCAUGGCACCAAUUCUCGAGACUUGUUCAAUGGUUCUUUUCUUCUGAGUUGGAUCUCAUAACUUCCUACAAUGGAGUUGUCCACCCCUGCAAGAGGGGCAUUGGUAUUCUGCAAGAUUUUCUUUUUGUUUGUAUUGAGUAUUUUGUGCUUUGCAAUCCAGUCUUCUGCAACUUAUGGUCAUCCAAAGCCACCAUACGCCUAUAUCUCUCCUCCGCCCCCUUCACCCAUCUAUAAGCCCCCAGUAAUUCCUCCGCCUGUGAUUAAGCCGCCACCUCCCCAUACUAUAUCCCCCGUUUUACCGCCACCCACAUUGCCGCCUAAGCCAAAGCCGCCUCCUUAUGUGUAUAAAUCCCCACCGCCGCCACCUCAUGGCAUUUCACCAGUUUAUCCACCACCCAAACCUCCACUAAUUCCUCCGCCGGUCUACAAGCCUCCUCCAGUCAUUCCUCCGCCAGUUCACAAGCCUCCUCCGGUCAUUCCUCCACCGGUUUACAAGCCUCCACCAGUUUACAAGCCCCCUCCAGUUAUUCCCCCACCGGUUUACAAGCCUCCACCCGUUUACAAGCCUCCUCCAGUUAUUCCUCCUCCGGUUCACAAGCCCCCUCCCUUUAUUCCUCCACCAGUAAUCAAGCCACCACCUCCCCCCCACAAGAUCUCUCCAGUUUACCCACCACCCAAGUCACCACCUUGCUCACCACCUUUCAAACCCCCGCCACACCAUAAGCCUCCCCCACAUCACAUAUCACCAGUCUAUCCACCACCAGUUGUAAAGCCGCCGCCAAAACCAAAGCCUCCACCACAUCACAUAUCACCAAUCUAUCCACCACCCGUUGUAAAGCCGCCGCCAGUCAUCCCACCACCCAUAGUGAAGCCGCCGCCAAAACCAAAGCCUCCACCACAUCACAUAUCACCAAUCUAUCCACCACCCGUUGUAAAGCCGCCGCCAGUCACCCCACCACCCAUAGUGAAGCCGCCGCCAAAACCAAAGCCUCCACCACAUCACAUAUCACCAAUCUAUCCACCACCAGUUGUAAAGCCGCCGCCAGUCAUCCCACCACCCAUAAUAAAGCCUCCUCCUAAGCCAAAGCCUCCUCCAUAUGUCUACAAAUCACCACCACCUCCACACAAAGUAUCACCAGUUUAUCCGCCGCCGAAAUCUCCACCCAAACCUACACCCAAACCGCCGCCAGUAAUCCCGCCGCCAAUUGUAAAGCCGCCUCCCCUAAUAUACCCUCCUCCUUACUUGUACAAAUCACCGCCGCCGCCAUAUCACAAGAUUUCUCCCGUAUACCCACCACCAAAGUCCCCCCAUUUACCCAAGCCAAAGCCUCCAAUUUACAAGCCUCCUCCGGUAAUCACACCUCCUUCACCGGUGUACCCAAAGCCUAAGCCUCCACCAGUUUACAAGCCUCCGGUUAUUCCUAAGCCGCCGCCGGUGUAUCCCAAGCCCAAACCUCCUCCAGUUUACAAGCCUCCGGUCAUUCCAAAGCCGCCGCCGGUUGUCUACAAGCCGCCACCUCCGCCGUAUCAUAAAAUUUCACCGGUUUAUCCGCCGCCUAAGUCUCCAUACUUUCCAAAGCCCAAGCCGCCACUUGCCCCAAAACCGGCGCCUAAGGUUCCUUCCCCCUACUAUUACAAGUCUCCACCGCCGCCGCCGCCAUAUUAGAUUGUCACAGGCCGCUCGAGCCAUCUCUCCGCUAAAUAAGGUUUGAGGUGUGAGUUAAGAAUGCGGCUAUACGCGUCAGCUCUUGCCUCAAAUUCGAGGUGGAUAGAUCCAGUGCCGAUGGAUUUUUCACGAUUUAUGCUAUGCGAAAGGACAGUCACUAUAGAAUUUUCUAUAAUCUAUUACAGGAAACGAAAGGCAUCCAUGUUUGAAGCUUUUUCUAGUCCCAAUUGUAAUGUGAUUGAGCCUUUAUUAAGUAUUUUCCAGUAGAUCUUAAGAUGUUAUUAAGAUGAACGAUGCUUAUUGUACUAAAUGUAGAUGUGUGUAAGCUAUAUUAUUAUUAUUAUUAUGCUAUUUAAUAAAACUGUUUCGAGUGUUCUCACA